GUGUGAAAAAAAGAUGGAGUAUUCUCUUCUCGGUGGCAAGCCCGAAAAGACCAAAGCUAUGAAAGCUGGUAGCAUUCGUCAUGAAGCACUCGAAGAAGAGGUGAUCAAAAGGGUAAAAGUUCAUGUUACGUCAGCUGAAGAUGUGUGGGCAUUGAAGUUCUUGAAUUUCAUAGUUGGCGCAAACCAACUAUUAUUUGAUGGAUUAACACGUGAAUUGCCUUUAGUAGGUUUUGCUGAAGGUGUUUGGAUGGUGGGAAUUAUUGAUGAGAUACGAAUGCCGAAAGGAGAAAGUGAUACAUACCCAAUGUUAGUCGACACAAAAACACGAGUAAGAGCUAGCCUUCCUGGUGAACCGCAACGGAGGAAUGGAAGGCUUCAAUUAAUGUGCUACAAGCAUCUGUGGGACAGCUUAGUGGCUGAUGAAUUCCCCUCCAGACAGUUUUUUGAUUUCUUCUCUCUGAAUCCGUAUCAGAUUUUAUCCGCUGAAAUCAGAGAGAAUACUGCUAAAUGUGGAUUCCCUGCAGAGACUCUCACCGAUAUGUUGAGGUACCUUCGCAAUACUUGGAACAUGCUUCCACCAGCACAUGAGCAACUACUGUUGAGAUAUGAAUUACAAGAAGAUCAAUCAUUGCUUGGUGAAGAUCAGUUUGAGUAUGAUCUUAACUGGGUAAAGGGCCAAAUAAAGUCUUCUUUAGAGGUUUGGCGAGGAGAAAGAGAAGCCAGUUACACCCCCGAAGAGGAGCGCUGGAAAUGCAGAUCUUGCAAGUUUGCUUCUGAAUGUCCAGCCAGCAAUUGUGGCUCCCAAGAAGGAAGGACACUGAAUGCUAACAUAGGCGCAGUAAUCACCAUGGCGCAAAAUAGCAGCGGCAGAAGAAGACCUAACAUAAUGAUUACCAGAACGCCCGGCACUGGAAAAACGAUGACGUCGUCUGCUCUGGCGGAGGUGACGCAGCUCCGGCACAUCAACGUCGGCGACCUGGUUAAAGAGAAGAAAUUGCACGACGGAUGGGACGACACUCUCGACUGUUAUGUCAUCAACGAAGACCUCGUAUGUGAUGACCUUGAGGACAUGAUGGAACAAGGCGGAAAUAUUGUUGAUCAUCAUGGCUGUGAUUUCUUCCCUGAACGUUGGUUCGAUAAAGUGGUGGUGCUCCAAACUGACAAUACUGUCUUGUAUGAUAGAUUGAGUAGGAGAGGCUACACAGGUCAAAAGCUCUCCAAUAAUAUCGAAUGCGAAAUAUUUCAAAUUUUGCUGGAGGAGGCAAAGGAGAGUUAUCCAGAGGAUAUUGUGGCGUCACUAAGAAGUGAUUCUGUUGAGGAUAUUGGCAAAAAUGUGGAGAUACUGUCCAAUUGGAUUAGUAGUUGGAGCCCUGUCUCAUGAUUAAGAUAUCACAAAUGUGUCUUCUAUUGCAUGUUUGAUUAUUGUACUCAAAUGAUAUUCUAUAGUGGUUUUGGCUGUUUGUGAGGUACCCUUCUUUCAUAUAAACAGAAAUUCUGUAGAAAUGCACCAAUGUGCUUUCCAAAACAUUAAUCAUUGCGGACUAAAGCUUUUUGGGAAAGGUUUAUUUGUGUUAUACUAGAGGACCUUCGCAGUU